AUGCCUGAAAUGCUGACUGAUGAAGGAACAAGUCAUAAAACAUCAUGGUGGUGUCAUCCUCCUCAGCGACACUAUGAACGGCUUUAUAACGAGGGCUUGGCCAGUGAUGGGGUUUGCCAGCUGGAAAUUUCUGAGACUGUUUUUGCUGCCGGCAGAAACCACGGGAAAGGAAGGAAGCACGCAUACAACAACCUGCCUGUAACUAUCCUCUGGGAAAGGACAAAGACAUACCAGAGGAAAAACAGCACUUGGAUUCAGAAAGUGAACAACCCCAGCAUGGUCCAGAGAAGAGGAAGAUGGAGCCAUCUGGCCCAGAGGUACAGACCUAAGGUUGUCCCCCUGAGAAGUCUGUCAAAGCAGCACUGUGAGAACCAGAGGAACCUUCUCCACUUUGACCAACAAGCCCCGGGCUGCAUCUUUACCUCUCCCACUUUGGAGAGAUUAAGGGCAAUGGCCUUGGGACUUCACACUUGCUGUCUCAGCAAAAGACCUUGGAUAUGCCCACCAGGAAGGAGCCUAGAAGCAAAGGAGCCUGUAGACUAUCUAUGUUACCUCUCCAAGAGUCCACCUGGAAGCCCAAAGAAUUCUUCACACUCCCUAUUGCGUUUGAGACUCCAAUCAAGAUGGCCUCUGACCCCAAAAGGGCCCUCAACACAACGGACUGAUUUGAACCCCUUCUUGAGCUUCAAGCCCAUCACUGAGCAGGCUCUUUUCCAGGCCUCUCUUCCAGAGAAAGGAGGCCACUGACCACCCAGCCCUGCCACGCAGCUCCCCCCCACCCCACCCCAGUCCUCAGGGAACACAGCUCCGAGCCUCCUGUGCUCAUUCUGUGUACCACAGAGCAAGAUACAUCUCUGGGUUCCCAUAUUACCCCUCAGGCCAGGGCGUCCUAUGAUGGGAGAUGGCACAGGAAGUCACUGCCGAGGGGAUACAUACUUAUCAGGACACAUUGGCUCCCAAGUAAAAGGGUACAGUAGUUUGCAGAAGAAGGAGAAUGGAAGCCUAGCUCACUUUCUUCUUCUAGAGAAGUUCCUCGAGUGUAGGAGGAGUUUUGUGGUACUCCCUGGGCUGGAGGUGCUCCCUGGGGCCCUUGUGGUGUUGGAGGGAGCUGCCAAUUACCUGGGCCACACACUUGUGCUACUGAAUUCAGAAUCCAAAAAGCCAAGAUGGCCUUUCUACAAGAGACAGGUGGGCCAAGACGAACCUAAGCACGUAUCCCAUCUGGAAGGCUCUCUGUCCUCUGUGAAGAUUGCAGACCUCAGGGCCUGUGAGCUCCAUGGCCUUCAUGGUGAAACCUGGAACGAAGUCCUGGAAACCCAUCAAAAACUUCCCACCGACCAAUUAGACUUGAGAAAGCAUCAAGAGGCUGUGUGAGAGCUCUUCACAAGUGAAUGCACUGAUUUCUUGGGCCAUUUAUUAGUUCUUAAGACUAUCUUCAUGAAUACAUUAAAAUAUCUACCAACUCAUGAAUAUCUCCUGGAUGUAGAUUUAUGGAGACUUUUAGCAAACCUACAGAAGUAAGUCAGGUGAAUCAUAACAAGCUUUGGUUUUGUGAACAGUCUUUUUGGCAUCAUCAAAGACUAUGCCAAGCCUUCAGAGACCUCACUCCCAUUGGAUUUCAUUUCUGGGCUCACGAAGUGGCUGGGGGUCCUCGCUCUGGGACCCAUGCGGAGGGAACAGCCACCAUCUGGAGCGUUACCUGUGUUCAUGGCAAAGACUAGCUCAGAGAGCCACCAGACCUAUUGCCUCAAUUACUCAGACAUCUUUUAUCUUGAGAGCCUGAGGCAAAGAGAUGACUUUGGAAUUUACUUCAAAGUCAAUAUCAUGCCAGAGCCCUUCUGUAUGAUCCAGAGAACAUGGCCCAAGCCUUUCCAGAAAACAGCUCUUCCCUGCAGCUGUGAGAAGCCCCUGCCAGAGCACCAUCUCAGAGGCAUGGGAGGGAAGGUGGCCACGGGCCCGAAACACUUCGCUGUGAAUCACUGCGCCUUUGCUGUGGUCCACGUGUGCCAGAAAGCCUGGCAAAGAGAACAGUGCAGCCAGCUUCUGGCUGAGCUGCUGGUGGCUGCACUGCACAGGCUGACGUGGUACCUACCCUCUGUUAGCAGUAGGAACUCUACAGAGAAAAUCGUGAUCGAUGCCAUCAAGGAAAAGGUGGAGAAGUCCAUCAGGGAUCUUGAAGGAAAGGUGAAGCUUGACAAUUUCCAAAAAUGUCGACCUCUACAAGAGAUUAGAGGGUGGCCUCCCCUUUGGGAUAGAGAUAAAAGAUUUUUUGGGAUGCCUGGGUGUGCCUGAAACAUUUUUAAGGAACACAUGGUGGCAGAAAACAUCGUGUCACCAACCAAGAGACACUUUCUCUCCACAAGAAAAUUAACUCCUGCAGGGUGCUCCCCGAAUGACAUGUGUGAGUGGUCGCAGGAGUGGGGACUCCCCCAAGGCUCUUGGGCAUCUGCCCCUCAGAGCAGGGAGGAGGGGCUGCAGUGUGUCAUAGGCCCUCAGGGGCCUACUAAACGUGGAGGCUCCGACACUGGUUUGCUGUGUCCUUUGCUUACUCUUGAGCUGCAAACAGUCAUAAAAGAGGGUGGUUCAUCCAUCUCACUAGACAGAUUAGAGGACAAAAGUAUUGAUCUACUCCCCAUGUCAGCACUUGGGCUGAGAAAUUCUUGCCUUGCACAACGUGAAAACAGACAUCAGCAGUGGAUAGCAGCACUCUUAUUACAAGCCCAAAUGGAAAACAUCAAGAAAACAUGGAUGGCACAAAUAACAGCAGCAAUCUCUUUCAUCAAGAAUCAGGAAACCAAGAAUCUAUCUUUAUUUACAUUGCCUGCAGAAUCCUCUGAAAUUUAAGGAUCUAAAACAAGUGGUGCACCUUUUUAGAUAUUAGGGAUUAAGAUACUCUUUCAAACCUUUGUAACACUUAAUGAUGGGUUAGAAGGAAUUGUGCAUCUUAAAAAAGUUCCAGAAUUUGAGAAUUUGAGCCAGGAAAAUCCUCAGUAUAGAGGAAUAAUGACCAACAAAUGUGAACUAUGAGGAAUUUUUUGGCAGGCAUAUACUGAUACCUAGAGUACCUUAUAAUGUUUUAGUAGGACUUGAGGGAAGCAUGGUGCUAUUUAAAAUUUGUAAAGGGUGAAAGAUCAGCUGAAUGGAGCAUCAGGAGGAAAGCAAUGCCCACUGCUUGUGCUCAGUAUGGACUCUAGCAUCUCACUUUGUCUAUGUCAAGAACGAAACCUAAUUUCCUACACGGUUUGUACAUCAGUCUUACUGCUUUGGAGUCCUCACAUGCAAUAAUAAUUCUGAUGUAUACUUUGCUCUCCUAACAAAUUAAGCAAUC